GACUCUUAAAUCCCAUAAGAAAAAAUGUAGAAACAAAAAACAUGUUUGCCAGCUCUAACCCAAAAUGAAAGAUGCGGAGUUCGCUCAAGGAUUGGAGCAGUUCGCCUACUGUUUGCUCGAGCAGCUGUGUCAAGCGAAUCCUAGCCAGAAUGUGAUCUGUUCUCCCCUUUCUAUACGGACCUCGGCCGGAAUGCUCAGGAUGGGAGCAACAGAGGGUUCUGCCACAGCCAAGGAGUUGGACCUUGGGCUCCGGUUCGGUGGAAAGGAGGUUCUGGAGAUUGCCGACAACUUUGAUGCGGUCCUCAAGGCUUACGGGCAGUGUGAUAUCCUUAAAAUGGCUAAUGUGCUUUACGUGAUGAAGGGUCACGAAGUCGCAGAGCAGUUCGGCAGCGUUCUAGAGAAAAAGUUUCACUCCAAGGCAAUGGAACUUGACUUUAGCAGUGACCAAGCUGCCAAUACAAUCAACAGUUGGGUGGAAUUGCAGACCAACAACAGAAUCAAAGACAUUAUUGGCCCUCAGGAUCUGUCCGCUGACUCUCGACUGGUUCUCAUCAAUGCAAUCCAUUUCAAAGGGAGUUGGUCAAUUAGGUUUAAAGAAAGCGAAACUAAAGAGGAGAAUUUCUUCUCAGAGCCGGGAAAACCCGUCAAAGUGAGGAUGAUGAAUGUGUCCGAUAAAUUCUUUUUUGCCUCGCUGCCCAAUCUCGAUUCCACCGCCCUGAAAAUGACCUAUAGUGCCUGCAACAUGGCCAUGAUCGUCAUCCUGCCGAAUGAGAAUUCGAGUCUCGCGAGCCUGGAAGGCAAGCUCUCACGCACAUCCCUAGAGGCAUCAUCAUCUUCCAUGAGCCUAGAACAAGUUGAUGUGAAGAUUCCGAGUUUCAGAGCCGAGUUUCAACAGGAAUUAUCGCAGGCCUUUAAGCUGAUAAACAUGAACCGCAUAUUUAGCGAUCAGGCCGAGUUUGGCGCUUUGAUGAAGUCGCAAGUACCGCUUUGUGUCUCUAAGAUCAUACACAAGGCCUUCAUAGAGGUUAACGAAGUGGGUACCGAAGCGGCAGCCGCAACAGCUGUCGUGGUCGCAUUUAGAUCCAUGCCUGCUCCUCAAAAGCCACCAAAGGUGUUCCAUGCUAAUAGACCCUUCUUCUAUGCGAUAUACCACAACAUCCAUGGUGUCCUCUUCGUCGGUCACUUUACUUCGGCAGUUCUUAAAGAGUCUAAAAAAUGUAAAAGAUGUGAUCAUAAGAACGAAUGCAAGGCCUGAGAAAUUUAAACAAGUGAAAUAUAGGAGAACUAAAAAAUGUUGA